UCUCGAAUCGAAUUACAUCGAACUUGUCACUCCCACCACCCAGCCACCAGCGUGCCCAAUACACGAGGAUGAAGCGUUUUGCGAGCGCAGGGGCUUGUAACAUCAUAUAGGCGGAUCUUGCGUUGCGUUAUUUAACGCGCCCACCUGCACUGUAUAGAAUACAUAUUCAACGGCGUCUUUCUGGUGGACUAGUAAACGAUGGACCUGCACAUCUUGGACCACAAACUGAGGGUCACUUGUAUCAGCAAAUCUGGUCUGGAACAUUACACUCAUCCCCUGAUCAAACUGAUAUUUUUAAGAAACAGGACGAGAUGCAAAUUUUUCAGCCUCACAGAAACUCCGGAAAAUUACACCGUUGUCCUCGACGAGGAGGGAUUUAAAGAGCUACAGCCGUCCGAGCACUUACAGGUUGAGGGCUCUACUUGGCUCCCGCUCAAUGUCGUCUCCAAUGGCAACGCCUCCAGCAGCUCACAGGCCGUGGGUGUCACCAAGAUUGCCAAGUCCGUUAUCGCUCCAUUGGCCGAGCAGCAUGUGUCAGUCUUCAUGCUUUCAACCUAUCAAACCGACUUUAUUCUGGUGCGAGAGAAAGACUUGUCGGUGGUGGUGGACACUCUAGUGGAGGAGUUUAAUAUUUUCAGAGAAGAGGGGGGAGAGUCGGUGCCUGUCCACAGUCAGGAUGCCUGCGACGGCCUUCAACGAAACGGAAGAGAGGUUCCACAUGCAACAGUUCAUCCGGUGCUGAUUCCAGAGAAUCAUUUUUGCGUAAUGAGUUUGGAUCCGGAUACUCUGCCAGCGAUCGCCACCACACUCAUAGAUGUUCUGUUUUACUCUAACAGUCCCAAAGAGGGCGCCAGUGUUGAUCAGGACAUUGAAUGUAUCAAGUUCUUCUCCUUCUCUCUGAUUGAUGGAUACAUCUCCUUGGUGAUGGACACAGAAGCCCAGAGACAAUUCCCAGCUGAUCUUCUCUUCACCAGCUCCUCUGGUGAGCUCUGGAGGAUGGUGAGAAUAGGAGGGCAGCCUCUCGGCUUCGAUGAAUGUGGGAUAGUUGCUCAGAUCUCUCAGCCUCUUGCAGACAGUGAUAUAUCAGCGUAUUACAUUAGCACCUUCAGCUUUGAUCACGCUCUGGUCCCAGAAGAAGAUAUUGUGAGCGUGACCGAGAUGCUUCAAGCUCAGAGGAAGGACAUGUCCAGUUGAGGCUGCGGUUGAUUACAUCUUCAGCUUGAAGACAGUAGAAAAAGACCUUCACGGUGGAUGAUAGAUCUUGUUUGAGCCACUAACACAAAGUAUUACUCCACAUGACUGUUUUGCCAUAACCAGAGGUGCUUCAGUCACAGCAUUUGAGAGCUUGCGCUUCAAAAAAAGGCCAAAACUUUUUGCUUUUGCAGAAACAGCAGUGCUGAUUAUAUACCAUUACUGAGAAUCAAAGUAUUUACAUGAAUGAUUUGAAAGAACAUUGAUGCAGCAUUUUAAUGCUGGACUAUAUGAAGCACUUUUUUUCUUAACUGAAUUAUAAGUUUAGAGGAUGCUAUUGAUUUUGGACGUUUAGUUGUUCUUUUCAGGGGUAAUGAUUAUUUGUAACCGGAAAUCCCGUUUGGUUUACCUGCUGCCAUUAUGUUCUGCAAAAAUCAUUAAUACUUUUGCACAUAAAAGUCUUCCAGUGUAGUCAGAAUCAGGUUUUUUUUCUUAAGUAACCCUGUUUAAGGUCAAGCAAAAGGAAUUUUAUUGGUGUAGCAACUUUUGGUGUCAACAUUGCACUUAGUAAAGCAGUUACUGAUGGUGAUUAUACUGAUCACUUUUGAAUGAGUGUUUCUAACAUAUCUUGCAAAUACUGAAGUCAAACUGUUAUGAUGGGUUCUUUUGUUUAAAAUCAUAAGCAGUUGUUUACACGUAGCUUAUUGGGGUGAAUCUCACUAAACUCCUCAAGAACAUGUCCAGGUCAUACUUCAUGCUAAAUUCUAAAGAAAAAAUAAACAAUUUUUUUUUUUUUUUUUUUUUUUGCAUAGAGGAAAUUAAAUCCAUAUUUAUAACCAUCAAACAUUAUUUGCACUAACAUUAUUUUUAUAACAAUUAAGUGCAUGCCUCUCUCCUCAAUUCUUAUAGGUAUAAUACAAAAUUUUGUAUAUUAUAUUACAUUAUUAUUUAAAUAUAAUUUUUUCACAGUAAAGUAUUUAUACUUUGUGUUGUACUUCCUUUACUGCUGAUUAAAAAAUGAAAGUAAUUGCAUUUAAUAUUGAAAUGAAUACUUUAAUACUGAAUUCAAUUACUGAAAUGCAAUUACUUUCAUUUAUAUAUAUAUAUAUAUAUAUAUAUAUAAUAUAUAUAUAAUAUGCAUACAUUCAAACCUUCAUUCAUACACACACACACAUACAUAUAGGUAUAUAAGUGUAUAUAUACGCAUGUAUGUGUAUAUAUAAACGCACUGGCGUUAUAUAGGCCUAUAAAGUUUAUAUAUAUAUAUAUAAUAUAUACACAUUCAUUUAUAAAUGUGUAUGUAUGUAUGUGCACUGGUGUUUUAUAGGCCUAUAUUAUAUAGUAGUCAACAUUUGAAGUGGAUCAAAACCUUUCAUCAAAGUUGUCCUAAAACCUUCUUCUUAGGACAACUUAGUUCUUAGGACAACUUUGAUAAACUUUUUUGAUCCACUUCAAAUGUUGACUACUGUAGUUUAUAGUUUAUAAAACUUUUUUCUGACCUGGACUUUGAAAAAUAUAAUAUAUUGAUUUAUAAUUUAUUUUAUAAUUUAAUAAUCUUAUUUUAUAUUUUUGAGUGAAUUGUAUGACCUGGAUUUGUUUUUGUGGGAUACACCCAUUUUUGAGUAAUCCAGAUACGCGACUUUUGAAUUUCUUCAUGUUAAGUUUAUCAGGAUCUUUUGAUUCGCUUUAAUUUGACCACAAACCGAUAAGAAUGAGAGUUGAAGUUGUAGUGUCGCUUUGUCAACUGAUCUACAGUUUGAUAAAGAAAUGACUCUUAUACGACUGUCUGUCUAAUGACGACGUUAAGUUUGACUCUUCUUGUGACAUUUCUGCCUUUUUGCUAGCUCUAAAACAUGCCCAGCUCCGGUGUGGCCUUACAGUUUCGCUUGCUAUUUGUUUAAUGUGAGAAUAGGCUGCUGUUUUGUGACAUAUUUUGGUCACUACUAGUGAACCAUGCACAAUACAUACACAAAUAGUAAUCAAAUCAAAGAAACUGAUUUGAAACAAUUGUUCAUAUAACCUUUUGAUUAUUGAGGGGCCCAAAAAUGCUUUUAAAAUGGCAUUGAAAACUUAUUCCAGCUAUCUUUAUAAUGAGCUAAUGCAGAAUCUCAGCUGUAGGGGUUCAUGCAACAAGAAAUGCACUAAUUGAUUUAUAUUUUGUUUCGCACAAUCACUAAUAAAUCCAGGAAUCAUAUCUGGUAAAUGAAUGAAGCUCUUUCUAGAGAGAAAUAUAUCUUUGUUACAAAUAAGCUUAAUGUUUUGAAAGAGAUACUGAAACAGAAACACUAGCAUCAACAUAUAGAUUAUUAGAUUAAUGAUUAGGGUUACUUUGUGCGUGCGUGCGUGCAAGACUUUCUGCUUUUGCUAACACUUUUUUUAUGUUAAUGGUUUUCUUUAUAUAGUGAUAGAGUUUUUCAGGGCACCAAAGCAGCAUUAGAAUAAUUGUCAAGGUGCUUUUUGAGAUCAUGGUUUGAAGAAAAUUGUAUAUUAAGAAAAAUAUUUGUUACUCCAAUGCGAUUAAGGAGUUAUUUUCAUAUGUUUAUUUUAUCUCAUUUCUACAAUAUUGGUAAAGACCAAGGUUACUGGCAUGUUAAAACAAAUUUUUAAAGGUCAGUAACAAUUUUGAGCAUUUGUUGUUCUUUCUUGCUUUUUGUAGAUUAGGUGCAUUUAUCUAAAAUCAUUUUUGGUACAUUUUAUACAGUGUCAAAGGAAUUACAUAACAUGUUUGUAACUGUGCUGCUUGAUCAAUAAACAAUUAUAAAAAAAAAA